GGGCUUGGAAGAGAGGAGUCGGGGCCGGCAAAUGUGGGGUGCCGAGAUCCGGAAGCGAGACGACCCGGUCUUGGGAGCCACGGACCCGCUCCCUACCCGCCGGGCCAACUCUUCUCUCUCCACCCAGCCCCACCUUGCAACACCCCAUCCUCGGGCCCGGUCCCCAUGGCAACGCCCCGACUGUCAACACAGACGGGAGACCCAAGGCCCUGGGUUUAAAGAAACAGCACCCCAGCUCCCCGGGCCUCUCUUGCCCCCGGCUCCCUUGCCCACCCACCCCCCAUGGUGCCGUUGGCCUGCCCCCCCUCCCUCUCUCUCCCCCCUUCUCUCUACCCCUACACAAAGACCUCCGGGGACAUUAAUAUUCAGCUCACGGGGGGCCGCCCAGGAGGUGCAGACGGAGAACGUGACGGUAGCGGAGGGCGGCGUGGCCGAGAUCACCUGCCGGCUCCACCAGUACGACGGCUCCAUCGUGGUCAUCCAGAACCCGGUCCGGCAGACCCUCUUCUUUAACGGCACCAGGGCCCUGAAGGACGAGCGGUUCCAGCUGGAAGAGUUCUCCCCUCGCCGCGUGAGGAUCCGGCUCUCGGAUGCCCGGCUGGAGGACGAGGGCGGCUAUUUUUGCCAGCUCUACACCGAGGAUACCCACCACCAGAUCGCCACGCUCACCGUGUUGGUGGCUCCAGAGAACCCGGUGGUGGAAGUGAAGGAGCAGGCUGUGGAGGGCGGCGAGAUGGAGUUGAGCUGCAUGGUGCCUCGGUCCCGCCCGCCCGCCUCAUUGCGCUGGUACCGGGACCGCAAAGAGCUGCGAGGCGAGGGUAAGCGCCGGGAGAACGGGAAGGUGUGGAGCGUGGCCAGCACCGUCCGAUUCCCGGUGGAGCGGAAAGACGACGGCGGCAUCGUGACCUGUGAGGCCCAGAACGCGGCCCUGCCCCGCGGCCACAGCAAGCAGACUCAGUAUGUGCUGGACGUGCAGUACUCCCCCACGGCCCGGAUUCACGCGUCUCAGGCCGUCGUGAGGGAGGGAGACACCCUGGUGCUGACAUGCGCGGUGACCGGAAAUCCCCGGCCAACGAAGAUACGGUGGAGCCGGGGGAACGAGAGUCUGCCGGAUCGGGCGGAGCAGGCGGACGAGACGCUGACCCUGCCCGGGCUCACCCCGCUGGACAACGGCACCUACGCCUGUGAGGCCGAGAACAAACACGGCCGGGCCCGGGCGCUCUACGUGUUGGUGGUUUACGACCCGGGGGCCGUGGUGGAGGCGCAGACCUCGGUGCCCUACGCCAUCGUGGGCGGGAUCCUGGCCCUGCUCGUCUUCCUCAUCAUCUGCGUCCUGGUCGGCAUGGUCUGGUGCUCCGUGCGGCAGAAGGGCUCCUACCUGACCCACGAGGCCAGCGGGCUGGAUGAGCAGGGGGAGGCCCGGGAAGCCUUCCUCAACGGGGGCGACGGGCACAAGAGGAAGGAGGAGUUCUUCAUCUGACCCCCCCCUCCCCGGGCACAGCCCCCCCACCCACCCACUGGCCGCGGCGCCCAGCCCGGCCCCGCCGCCCUCCGGGCACGGACUCCCUGAAGAGCCACGGGGCUACCAGCAAAGACUUUGCCUAGGAUCGCACGGGCCACGCUCGCCCGCCCCCACCGCCCCAGCCUGAUUUCUAGGAGGGGGCUCCGGGACUGGGCGGGGGCAGGAUGUCUGGGUCCUGGGAGGGGAAUCGAA